UGCAGCGGUUGCCGGUUAUUCUGACAAAUUCUUGAAGUUCAUAAUUCUAACCUAAAUCUAAAUCUGAAUACAGCAAAAUCAAAACAAACUGCGGGUAGAAGUAGACUAUAGACGUUUUCUCUUCUACUGUUAUCUUUUUUUAGAAAAACAAUGUCAAGGAUUUUAUCAAAUAUAAUAAAAACCCUAAAUAGUGGUGUAAAAACUGUUCAACAUUCACAUUUCCCUGUAUUGGCACCAAAAAGGAGUCCUAGACAGGAUGUCUUUAUAGUGAACAAGCGACAGUAUUGCGAUAAAGUGCCAAAAAAGCCAAGGUAUAUACCAAGUGGGGGGCCAGUUUCAUGGAAAAAUCUUAUAAUCACUUCUGCCCUUGGCGGAGCCCUCAUAGGAUUUAUGUGGUAUGUCAAAGCAGAGAAGGAAGCAGCCCUAGAAAAGGAAAGGAAAAGAAUGCUCGGAAAAGCAGCAAUUGGAGGUCAAUUUGAACUAGUCGAUUCAAAAGGAAAAUUAAGAAAAAGUGAAGAAUUUAAAGGCCAAUGGGUUCUUCUUUAUUUUGGAUUUACACAUUGUCCGGAUAUAUGUCCUGACGAAUUAGAAAAAAUGGCUGCAGUAGUUGAUAAAUUAGAAAAUGAAGGCGGUGUAAAAUUGCAACCCAUUUUCAUCUCAGUGGAUCCCCAAAGAGACACUCCAGAAUUGGUGGAGAAGUAUUGCCGAGAGUUUAGCCCCAAAUUGUUAGGGUUGACGGGGACCGAUGAGCAGGUAGCGAAGGCCUGCAAAGCCUACAGGGUCUAUUUCAGUGCCGGGCCAAAAGACGAGGAUAGCGAUUAUAUUGUGGACCACACGAUAAUAAUGUACCUGGUGAACCCGGAGGGAGAUUUUGUCGAUUAUUAUGGACAGAACCGGAACGCCGAUGACAUCGUCACAUCCAUUAAAGUGCACGUGUCAAAAUUUGACAGUCACAAACGCAGCUUUUUCUAAGUCCGUAUUUUAAGAGUGAAUAUUGUUGAUUAUUUGUUACGACCGUUAAGUAAUUAUUAAUAGUGCAUUUAAUAAGACUUUGUUUAAUUAUCUUCUUAUUAUAUUUGCCACAUUGUUUUUAAUAAAAGGUGAUAUUUUUAAUAGGA